AAGAAAUGUCGAAUCCUGACGAAGGUAGAAGGCUUCUUGAUGUGACUGACUCUCCGAAAACAAAAGUCGUUUUUUCUUUUGCACAGCGAAAACUGACCUAGAAGAUGUAUGGCUAUAUGAAAAACAAAAAUAUGAGAGCUGUGGUAGUUGCAUUUUGCGUUGGUGUGGAGCUCAUGUCAAGAUUGCAUUAGAGAAGAUCAUCCUAGACGAGAAGGAUUUGCUUGUUCUCGACACUGCGUCAGAGUUCAAGGUCGCGUACAUAAGUUUACCACAUCAUGUACAACAAGAUCAGCACCUGCACCAACUAGGACCUAACUGAUCUACUUGCUUUACCCAAAGAAACUGACUCUGAAGAAAACCUUUAUAUGCGAAUCAUGUUUCCCUCCUCUUCGAGUAUUUCUUCAUCUUCGCGUCAUCAGCAGCCCGCCGCUGCCGACGGCGCACAGCAGAAUCUUCAUGGUCUUUUCCAAUCAGACCCGCGUGCUAGGACCAACCGUGUGCUGCUGGACCAGCAGCCUAGGAAUCAUUAUGCAGGUUCAACGCAGAUGAAGCAGCCAGACCCUGCACAAAACAACGACACCGCCAUGGAGAUAGAGGAACAAGGAGAUAAGAACCAACUUUCCUCCGGAACUACUGCUGCUGCUGCUCCCGAGCGCGACAAAUUUCCUUUCCCAGCCCUUGCUGACGACCCGGUGAUCUUGUCUUUGACAGAACAGGGCAAGGUCUACGACGCGCUGAUGUACGUGUUUUCGAAACCGGCGCCUAAAAGUGGCAGUGAGGGAGAAAAAACCGCGAGUGGAGCGGGGGGACAUCAUCAAAAUGAUGCAGGAUCGCAUAUAGUUCCUAGAAGCCCAGCCGAGGCCGACUUGGACCUCCUAGUUCCCUGCAUGCUCUCCGCGACAGGGCCGGCGAUCGAUCAGGUACUCGAUCAGAUUGCCCGCGCGCACAGCAGAACUACGCGAGCAGUGUCAGGCAGACCAACUGGAAAUGCGCUUAAUAGCGCGACGGCAUUUUCUACUGCAGGAGCGCAGGUUUCUUGUAGUUACUCAGCGACACAGUAUUACGAUGCGCUGAUGAAAGCAGCGUAUAGGGCAUGGGAGAUGAAGCUCCCCCUGAAAAUGAAUUACGUUGUUUUCGAGUGGCACGCAAAAUUGUUGCAACGCUGCGGACCCGGAAUUUUGAUGAGAACGAUAUUUCGCAUGUAGAAGGAGAGCAGAAAGAACAAGCUGCAGCUCUUCGACCUUUUCACGGCAUUUGGAAAUCAUGUAGUUGUAUUUCAACAACCAGUUGUUUUAUCAGCCCGGAGGACCACCGGGGAGACGAUUCCGAU